AUGUCCCUUCCCAAUGAUCUAGGUGUCGUGCUUGUCACUGGAGGUUGCGGGUACCUUGGAUCUCAUAUUGUCAAACUUUUAAGCACAACAACCACAUCAGAAAUCCAUGUCAUUAGUCGAAACCCCAAGACGAAUAUCCUUCCAAACGUCACUUAUCACAAAGGAGACAUAACCGACCAUCAACAUGUAACUGACAUUCUGGCCGAAAUCAAUCCAGAAGUCAUCAUUCACACUGUUUCUCCAAGACACACGGAUUCAGCAAAGAUUCUCCGCAAGACGAAUAUCGAGGGGACUAGGGUUCUUCUUGAAUGUGCAACUAAGAAUCGAUCUGUUAAGGCAUUCGUUUACACCAGCUCGGAUUCAACUCUUGUUAACACACCUCAAAAAUCAGGUAUCAGACUCACUGAGGACAUCGCAAAGUUGUUGACAGAAAAUAGUAAAGAAGCCAACACUUACUCGAAAACCAAAGCUUUGGCCGAUGCAUCUGUUCUUGCCGCAAAUGAUCCCCCAAAUUUGUAUACGGCUACUCUUCGUAUACCCAGUUUAUACGGGAAGGAGAGCCUUAGUACGGGUGUUUUAUUGAACGCUAUCAAGAAAAACCAACAUAGAAUGCAAGUUGGAGAUAACAAAAGAAAGUUUGGAUUUAUUUUCAUUGAAAGUGCCGCCAUGGCACACAUUCUGGCUGCGAAAGCCUUAGUUAGUGAAGCCAAUAUUGAUUCCAAAUCUUAUGACGGAAACAAUGCUCAAAAGAGUGGCAGUGGGAAAGUCAAUGGGGAAGCAUUUUUCAUUUCUGAUGGAGUGAGCAUGCCAUAUUUUAAUUUCGCACGUAAGGUUGUCGCUAUGGCAGGUCAUCCAGUCGCGGAAAAUGAGGUAAAAUCUAUUCCAUAUAAGCUUGUCCUUGGCUUCACUAUUCUUAGUGAAUGGCUGUACUGGGCUUUUACCUUCGGAACGAUAACUCCUAGUUUGCGGCAAGGAGAGAUUGAGUAUCUAGGACUAGGAACUGAUUGGAGCAUCGAGAAGGCGAAAGAGAGAUUAGGAUAUGAACCAGUGAAGGAUCAGGAUGAGGUAUUGAGAGAAGUGGUUGCAUUUGAAGCUAAAAGAUUGGGAAUAAAGUAG